AUGGAAAAAACACCAAGACAUAUGAAACUUAUUACUAUUGAAACUGAAGAAGAUAAAUUACUUAGAAAAGAAUUUAAAAAAGAAGAAAAGGCUUACCAAAAAAUAAAUCGCCUGCAGAAUUUAGAUUCAGAUGAUGAGAUUUUAAAAAUGGUUUCAAAAACGACAAGUGCAACAAACUUUCCUGAAUUUAUUGAUCCUAAAAAUAGAAAAGCACCUGCAGCUCAGAAAUAUCCCCAUGUAUAUGAUAUGAAUUUAGAAUCAAAAGUAUCAAGUUGUUUCAUAGAUGAAGAACCAUGUGUUAUCCCUGCAGGAGCCAAAAAAACAGCUUUUAAAACACACACUGAAGUUUAUAUCCCAGUUGCAAAUAUGCCACAAGAAUUGACUGUUGGAAAAGAAUUGAUUUUCAUUAAAAAUCUUGAUGAAGUUGGACAGAAAGCAUUUCAUGGAAUUACUAAUCUUAAUAGAAUACAAUCAAUAAUUUUUGAUGCAGCAUAUAACACCAAUGAAAAUUUACUAAUAUGUGCCCCAACUGGAGCUGGAAAAACUAAUGUUGCUUUGUUAACCAUAAUCCAUCAAAUUAAACAACACAUUAGGAAUAAUGAAAUAAAUAAAAAUGAAUUUAAGAUUGUAUAUGUAGUUCCUAUGAAAGCUCUCGCAGCUGAAAUGACUGAAAAUUUUUCUAAACGCCUUUCUAGCCUAGAAAUUUCUGUUCGCGAAUAUACUGGUGACAUGUCACUUACUAAAACUGAAAUUCUCAACACUCAAAUAUUAGUUACAACUCCUGAAAAGUGGGAUGUAACUACCCGUAAAGGAACUGGAGAUAUUGCAUUAACAAGUUUAGUUAAGCUAUUAAUUAUAGACGAAGUACAUUUACUGCAUGGUGAUCGUGGUCCAGUCCUUGAAGCUCUUGUAGCACGCACUUUAAGACAAGUCAAGUCUUCCCGAAGCAUGAUUCGAAUUGUUGGAUUAUCUGCUACAUUACCAAACUAUAAAGACGUAGCAUGUUUCUUAAAAGUCAAUUUUUAUAAAGGACUAUUUUAUUUCGAUGAUCGAUUUCGACCGGUGCCAUUAGUUCAAACAUUUGUUGGGGUUCGUGGUAGCGGGAAAACAUUAUGUCAUGAAAUGGAUAAAGUUUGUUAUGAUAAAGUGUAUGAUAUGGUGCAAAAAGAACAUCAGGUUAUGGUGUUUGUUCAUGCUCGUAAUGCUACCAUAAAGACAGCUAAUGUUUUUAGAGAAUUUUCAAUUCACAGAAAUCACCAGACUGCAUUCCUACCCCAAGACUCUAACACAAUAGGUAUAGCUAAAAAGGCUUUUGAGAGUUGUCAUUCAAAAGAAUUAAGUAAAUUAUUUAACAGUGGAUUUUCUGUUCAUCAUGCUGGUCUUUUGAGAUCUGACAGAGACCUAGUAGAAAAGUACUUUGCCGAAGGUGCUAUCAAAGUAUUGGUAUGCACAGCAACUUUAGCAUGGGGAGUAAAUCUUCCAGCUCAUGCAGUUAUAAUUAAGGGGACAGAUAUACGUGACUCAAAACAGAGUAAAUUCAUAGAUCUGGGUAUUCUUGAUGUUUUACAAAUAUUCGGUCGUGCUGGAAGACCUCAAUUUGAUUCUUCUGGGCAUGGAAUGAUUAUUACCUCACAUUCCAAACUCCCAAAAUACUUAUCGUUACUUACCAACCCAAUACCAAUUGAAAGUUGUUUUGUAAAACAUCUUGCUAAUAAUUUGAAUGCUGAGGUUGUAUUAAGGACAAUAUCGAAUGUCGAGGAAGCUGUGAUGUGGCUUAGUUAUACUUAUUUAUUUGUCAGAAUGCUUAUAAAUCCUCAAGUCUAUGGCAUAUCGCUUGAAGAACUUGAAUUAGACCCAAUGUUGGUUGACAAAAGAAAAGAAUUGAUUAUCAGUGCAGCAACGGCUCUAGAUAGGGCACAAAUGUUACGUUACAAUGAAAGAACUGGAAAUCUCUCGUUUACAGAUACCGGUCGCACAGCUAGUCAUUUUUAUAUUACCUAUGACAGUGUUGAAAUAUUUAAUAAAUGUCUAAAGCCUUCUAUGAAUGGGUCAGAAAUAUUUCAAAUGAUUUCUGAUGCAAAAGAAUUUGAUCAGAUACGGGAUCGUGAUUUUCGUGAUAAUGAAUUUCAUGAGUUACAUGCAUUACAUCGUAAAUAUUGUCGAGUUGAAAUUAAACUCGACAAUCCAAGUAUGUUCACGUUUUUAGAACGUAAAGUUAAUGUACUUUUACAAACAUAUAUUGGACGUGCUACAACUACAUCUCCUCCAUUAAUAUCGGACCUGUUGUAUAUCUCACAAAAUGUGACAAGAAUUGCACGGGCAUUAUUCGACAUGGCUUUGCAUCGCAAUUACGCUAAGGUGUCAUCUAUAUUAUUAGAACUUUGUAAAAUGUGUGAAAUGACUCAAUGGUCAUUUGAAUCUGGAUUACGGCAAUUUCCUGAUGUUCUUUCUCCUGAAAUAAUACAUACAAUUGAGGAAAAUAAAAUACCAUAUACCAACAUUAUAGAAAUGGGUGCAAAAGAAUUAGGUAUUUUACUAGGAAAUCAAAAUGAAGUUGCUGCUGUUAAAAAGUGUUCUAUGGAGAUUCCAUAUAUUGAACCUUCUUCUAGUAUUCAAUCUAUUACUAGAACUAUUUUAAAGAUGAAUGUGGAACUAUUUCCAAAUUUUGAAUGGAAUGAUGAGUUUCAUGGCUUAACAGCAGUUGCGUUUUGGAUUUGGCUUGAAGAUCUGGAAAAAAUUUUCCGUUGGAAACGUGUUCUUAUUACCAAAAAUCAGGUUAUUAGAAAAGAAACAUAUAAGUUCAUGUUUAAAAUACCUUUAGUUGAACCAUUACCAUCACAACUAUGUUGCACUUCAGACCGAUGGUUAGAUUCAACUUCCAUUCUACCAUUAACUUUCCCACAUCAUUUAAUACCACAUUGUGAUGCUUCAAUGACAGAUGUAUUGGAACAGAAAUUUGAAUGAAUUUAAUUAGUGCGAUAAAUACCUGGAUUGAAAUUUAUGAGACUACACUUUGGGAAAAGGAACACGUUGUUCCAUUAAAAAUUGCUUUAACAGGCGUUCAAAGUAUCAUCUUAGUCUCUUUACCUAUCCUAGUGAUUACGUAUUGAGAAAAACGAGAAUAGAAAAAUAUGGAUUAGAAGUUGCAUUUGCUGAAGAAGUAAAAAUGUCUGAAAGAGUAUGUUGUAUUCAUUUUGACGAUUGUUUCAAGAAUCUUGAAAAAAAGAACAGAUUAAUACCAGGUGCUGUUCCAUCAUUGUUUUUAGGCAGUGGAUUUUGAACCUUAUUACUUUGUAUCAGGAUGCAUAACUAAUCACGAUGAAGAAGUUAACAAAGUCACCCUUUUCACACCACCAAUGG